AUGGAGGAAGUCUCGACACGAAGAGCUUCCUUAGAUGAUUACGGUGCUACAACAUAUGGCAACGGCGCUUUAUCGAGUUCCAUCAUGGAAGCCACAAUGCAUGACGUUAUGACAAUAGAGAUGAGCCACCAUGAUGUAGCAGAUUCUUAUCUUGAUCCUAGAAGUUUCGGUGGCUUAAACUCAUACGAAGACUAUAACGGCUCUCAUCCAUCUUCUUAUUCAACAAAUUCAUCCACUACUUCAUCUUCAUCAACGACUUCUUUUGAAUCUUCAACUUCAAGCCAGACAGCCAAGCCUUCAUAUUCCUCUGCUGCUCAACAAACCUCAUCGUCUGCGCAAUCGAAAUUCGAUAAUUCGACCAGAUUUGACUCACAAUUGCCGCCUCCAUCGCAAAGACGUGUUCCAACUUAUCCGGUUAAGACAGCAAACCCAGCCACCUGCACCCAAUAUGCACCUGCUCGAACUAUCAUAACGGUGAAGUCUACACGAAGAGCUCAAAGUCGAACUGCUGCAAACAAGAAAGAAACUCUAGAUCCGCAAAGACUUGAAGACGAAGUUGCUAGAAAUGUUUCGCAAAUAAUGUCUGCUACCAAACAACAGCGCUUGAUACAAGAAGCUCAGAUCAAAAAUGGCAUUAUUCCCACCACCAAAGCUUUUUUCAAUUGUCCCGAGUGUGGCAAAGGAAUGACAAGUCAAAGAAAUCUCCAGCGUCAUCGACAAUCUUCUUGUAACAAACGAUUCUCUCAAGAAGCUUCUCCUGUAAGGGAAGAUGAGUCGAGUUCGAAUAUUAUGAUCGACACAGACAUACAAACUCCUCCUUUAGUGGCUUUACCUGGUGUCGAUACAUUCUCACAGAACAUAGGAGGUUACAAUAUGGUUUCAGAGAUGAACGACUGGUGUAGCACGGAGAGUUAUUCUCCAGUUCAAAGUUCACAGGCAGAUCAUCUGACGUCCCCAUUAGACAAUUCUGAAUCCCUCGGCAUAGAAACUGCUAGCCAUGUUUCCGAUAAUUGCUUACCUCCUUUAUCGCUAGAAACUGAUGAAUCUCGCACUCAUUCAAGUAGCGCUUCCCACUGUAGUUCCAACUCAGGCGGCAACUCAGCAUCUCAAGGAUUGCACACAUGUGGUUCAUGCAAGAAGUCAGUUUGUUCGUUACGAAGUCUCAAAAGGCACUUUACCACCUGCAAGCAAUUUAUUGCCGAUCAUGGUCCCCCUGAAAACGAUUCAAAGCCCAAGGUGAAGUCUCGCAGAAAACCCAAAGCUGGAUCGGACAAAGAAAAUGAAGUUGCCUCGCUUGAAAGCAUGAACUGGCCUGUGACAUCCCGCGAUGACGAAGUGCUCAUGAUGCCUUCUACGUCAACCUCAUCCUUAUCCGCCUUAUCAUCUUCGUCGUCUUCAGUAUCUGAUAGUGGCAGUUCAGCUAGCGACGUUAUUGCUGCUGUUACUGACGGUUCCGGAACUAAUGUUUGUGUUGAUUGUAGUCGACAGCUUUGUUCAGCUAGUAACUUGAAACGCCAUCGAGCUACAUGCAAGGCUGCUCUUCAAAAUUCUCGACUCGGUGCCACUUCACGCUGUUCUUCCCCAUCGACUCCUCCGUCUUCUACAGACGAAAAAGAUGUGCCUCAACAGACGGUGACACGGAACAGCUCAACUCGUUUUGCAGAACAGAGAGUUACUCGACAGUCACAAGCUACAGCGGCCGCGAACAUAUUGCUCAACGAUCCUGAGUUACAACAGAAGCCAUGGAUAACUGUUGGAGAGCAUCUACGUGCUCAACAUCAUAAAGCUAAAUUGGGCGAUAACAACUCUAGAGACGUUGAAUCGGCUGGAAGUCCAACUUCUUGUAUAGCUAACGCCAGCACAAGCUGUGCAGUUACCUUGCUCACGAACGGUAGCAUUCCGAAACAAACAAGCGGUUCCAAACAACCGAACAAUGCUGUUAGUACUACAACUGGAUUGAACAAUAUCACGUCUUCCCAAGUUGCGAUAUCAAGCAGUAAUCUACGAGCUGCCACUGCCAAGAGCAGAAACAACAAAAAUAAUAAUCUUAACACUACCAUCAACAACAAUAAUAAUAAUAAUAAUAUUAAUAUCAAUAACAACGGUAACGUCAACGCUAGCAACUCUAAUAAUAACAACGCCAAAGCGAGUAACGCUCGAGUAACCUACUACAAGUUGGAUAGCAUGCGACCAGUUAUUGUGGCUAAGCCAAAAUCAGAUGCGUACGGUGACACAACAACCAACAGCCCGAAAAAUAAUCGUCUGAAUACAGAAAAAGUUUCGAUUGAUGCAUCAAAGAAAAAUAACAAUAAAAAGGAUGACGUAGUCAGAAGCACUGAUCAAACAAAAAAAUGGAAAAUUGCUCAAGUUCCUUUGAAUGGUGAAAGCGCUGGAAAGAAAAAACCACUAGAAAGUAUCAUUACGACUCAACCACUCAGCGAUGAACGAUUAGCUGGCUUAGCAGAACCUAUGAUAUUACCGGACAAUAGAACUAUUCAUCGUGCCGCUUAUCCUGGCCACGACUUCCAAUGUCCAGAAUGCAAGAAAAAUUAUUCUUGUCGAAAAAAUGUCAAAAGACAUCGAAUGGCAGUACACAAGUUGACAGCGGAAGAAGUCAGUCAGUUUCCCGCUGUUCCUUGCACCUCAGCAGUUCAAGUGCCUAACAAAUUAGCUACGCUAUCAACUGUAGCAGCUACAACCUUAGCCGCAGGGACUCGUAUUCCAGUAAAGCCUCAGAAGAUUAGUACUAAAUAUGAGUACCAAACUGAAAUGAUUCCAUUGUCCCCAUUGAAUGAUAAGCCUAUGAGUGUGACAUUCACUAUGAAGCCUUAUCCCGAAGAUGAUGACAAUAAUGCCUGGGGUCGAUCUUCAGAGUAUGAUGAAGAAACAGCUGAAACGGCUAGGAUCGCAGCUGAGCUCAAACGUAGUGCAGAACAGGAAGUUGGCGAGUACCUAGAAAAAAGGCCUAGAACGGAACUAGCCGAGGCUGAUACAACUUUCAGUGAGGAAGCAGAACACAGUUUGGUGCGAUCUCAUCAUUCAUCACCCGGUGUUCAUGUUAGCUCUUCGUAUGGCGGGGAAGCAAGCUCCAAUGCUCAAUCAUUACCUUCAAUUUCGACAUGGAUAGACUCUUCUAAACCCCUGACCGUAGAUAUUCCUCCAUUGAAUGCAACGAGAUCAGAAAACUCGAGUCCUGCCCUCAGGCAGCGACGCCAAUAUUCUACAGAUUGUACUAACAGGGUAGCUUCAUCUGAAUAUGGCCGACGCCCACAACAGUAUAAUAGCGUGAGCAAUGAACGAAGUAGUGGUACAGCUCCGUCGUCAUUAUUUAAUGAGAAUUUCAAGAAUAAGGGAAUGAACUCUGACGAUCCUCUACUCGGUCAUAAUGUUCUGAAUAGCCUUUCAAGGGCUGAUGAUGAUUGGUUUCGAAAUACCGAAGAUACCCCUGAUAGUACAACCAGCCAGAGAUUGAAAUUCGUCUGUGUCGAUAGAUCCACGUCUCCAGGCCAUCCUGAUCAAGGGAAUUCAACAAUGCUCUUACCCAUGACUCGGAACAGGACAUCUUCAGGAAGCAGCUCUAAUGGUGCGACCGGAUACGUCUCGAGUGAUCCUAAACAAGCUCGUCAUUUAUGUCAGUGGAGACCUGGAACUACUACCAAUUCCGCUGCUCAUCAGCAUGAAGCGGCUUCCAAGCGACCCGCUAACGACGAUAGCAGCAACACUUACUUGUGGUCCUCACCGCCAGUUCCGCAAUCUAAGGCUUCCAAUCACCAGCUGACUCAGCCUUCCGCUAUCAUAUCUGAUGCUAUGGAUCUAACAACACCGGAUUGCAUGUCCUUUUCUAUCGCUCUAGCAGGACUAAAAACGGCCAGUUCCUCAUCCACAUCAUCCACUGAGACGAAUUCGUGCGCAGCUCAUCCUCCUAUAAAGUUCUUCACGAGCUGUGAAGCUUUAUGUGAUAUUGUGUUGUGUUGUACUGAUUUUACUAGUCAUAGUCCAUUAUCUAAUAGUCAACCCCCAGUCAAUGGCACACAGUUAACCAAUUAA